UGAAAAGCUUCUGCUUCUCAAUUGCCGUCAACUCGUGGUCUUCUGUGCAAGAGACAAGAAAAGCAAUCUUCCAGAAUAGUAUCUCAAAAUGAAGAAAAAACUCCCCGUGAAAACGUUUGAAUCAGAGAGUGAAGAAACUGACAUUGAUUCGGAUGAAGAGCUUCUUGAAGCCUUUGAAAGUGGCGAAGUGAAACCUGGAUUGAACCAAAAAGCGCCGGCUCCAAGACAAUACACCAACAAUUCUAAAUUGCUGAAUGCAAAACUCAAUGAUAUGGUUCUGAAGCUUGACUGGAUAGAACGUCUUGAUUUAACAACUAAGUUGGACCCCAUUGUUGAUGGUAUUCUUAACAGCAAGGAGGAAACACAACCAACAUACAAGAUUGAAACUCCUGGAGAUCGCAUUGUAGAUGAUCUUCAAAGAGAAACAUUGUUCUACCGUCAAGCACAGAGUGCUAUUAUAGAAGGGCUUGCAAGGCUGAAAACACUAGGCAUCCCCACCAGAAGACCAGAAGACUACUUUGCUCAAAUGGCAAAGUCAGAUGAUCACAUGUUGAAGGUCAAAAGACGAAUCCUUACUCAGCAAGUGGCUCAAGAAAAAUGCCAGAAAGUUAAAAAACUCAGAGAACUUAAGAAAUAUGGUAAAAAGGUCCAAGUUGAAGUUGGUCUGCAGCGCGCCAAGGAGAAGAGAGAGUUGCUUUCUAAAGUCAAGCAGUACCGUGAAGGCAAGUUGGCGUCGCUUGACUUUCUUGAUGAUGACGGUGGCAAAAAGAAAAAUAUGGUUGAAAUCACCAAACAGAAGACAAAAGAAAAGAAUGAAUUCAAACAAGUCUUUCAACCAAUGAGCAAAGGCCUAACCAAGGGAAAAGGCAAAGGAAAGAGCCCAGGCAAAGGUAAAAGCCAAGAUAAGCGCAAAUCAAAAGAAAACAAAUUUGGUUUUGGAGGAAAAAAGAGUGGUACUAAGAAGAACAACAUGAAAAAGGACUCCGGCAAUGACAGGAACAGCAAAGGUGGACAAAGAGGUCCCAAGAACCGACAGGGAGGCAAGAAAAUGAAAGGCGGUGGACGAAAACGUUAAAAUGGUUUGAAUAAUUGAAUUAAACGAUGUGACAAU